CGAAAAGAAGGGAUAUUUUUUAAGAAAAGUUGAGAUGCCGCAUUUCAAUGAAAACCAAUUUUUUUUAAUAAAAAAUAAUGACCGGCAAUUUUAGGUAAUAUUGUACAGUUUUUAUAAAAACAUAUGUUUGUAUUUGAUUGAACUAUGGUUUGCGCUGUAUUCGGCCUUCUCGGGCCAAACGGUCUUUGAGCGAUGGACCAUCGGCCUGUUCAAUGUUGCCUUCACCGCUCUUCCACCAAUCAUCCUGGGACUUUUCGACAGGCCAGUGUCCGAUAAAACGAUGCUUUCCUACCCGACACUAUAUUGCAGUUUCCAGAGGCGAGCAUUCACAAUUGGAGUAAGUUGA